AUGGCCUGUGGCUCAGUGUGGGGACUGGCACCCAGAGCCCGCAGCAGGGUACAGCAGUGGCCCAGGCCCCAGGAGCAACUUGGGUGGGAGAGUGGAGGGUGGUGGGAUGUAGAUUGCCUUGGGUCCCCUGUGUUUACCCCCAUCAAGGCCGACAUCAGCGGCAACAUCACGAAAAUCAAAGCUGUAUAUGACACCAACCCUGCCAAGUUCCGGACCCUGCAGAACAUCCUGGAGGUGGAGAAGGAAAUGUAUGGAAUAGAGUGGCCCAAAGUGGGGGCAACACUGGCGCUGAUGUGGCUGAAAAGAGGCCUCCGCUUCAUCCAGGUCUUCCUUCAGAGCAUCUGUGACGGGGAACGGGACGAGAACCACCCCAACCUUAUCCGCGUCAAUGCCACCAAGGCCUACGAGAUGGCCCUCAAGAAGUACCACGGCUGGAUCGUGCAGAAGAUCUUCCAGGCAGCACUGUACGCAGCCCCCUAUAAGUCCGACUUCCUGAAGGCUCUCUCCAAGGGGCAGAACGUGACGGAGGAGGAGUGCCUGGAGAAGAUCCGUCUCUUCCUGGUCAACUACACAGCCACCAUCGAUGUCAUCUAUGAGAUGUACACCAAGAUGAAUGCUGAGCUCAACUACAAGGUGUAGGUGCCCAUGGCAGCGCCAGCACCUGAUGACCGCGGGCAGAAACAGGCAAACCCGAGUCACUGUGAAUCCUGCCAGGGGCAGCCCCCAGCGCUGCCCAGGAUCCUGCCAGGGUCUUCAGGAAACAGCCCUGGCUUUUUAAAAGUCUUUUUUGGGGGGUCUAUUCUAAUGGAGCAAUAAAUAAGCUCACUUCCAAAUCUCCUUUGAACUUCACAACAGACUUUAGACCUUCAUUUCAGUGUGAUAAGAAUUGAUUAACAUUGCUACUAAAUCAGGUCCUAGGGUUUUGGGGGUUUUGUUUUCUCGCCAGUGAGGAGCACGGCUCUGGGGACAUGGUGACAGCCACCUCACUUUGCAAUAAGCAUGUGUCCUGUGAGGAACUGAGGAAUGACGUGAGGGUAUUUUAAGGACCAUGAAGCACUGAUCGGAAAUACGCAGGGCCCCUCUUGUGGGAUCAUUCAGAUGUGAGCCGGUGUUCAUUCCGUGGGGUCUGCACAGCCCAGCUGCACAGCACUGUCAUUACCAGCCCUGCUCUCAUCUCUUGCCAGACCAUGUUUUUAGAGCUGAGACCAACCAGCAAGCCUUUGAUGACCAAGGGGCGUUGCUCUUCAAGCUACGGGGCACAGUUGACCACAGAGGACUGUAUUUGCAGACUUCUGCAGAACCAUUUUCUUCAAGGACAGCUUUUCCAACCUAAGAAAUUACCUACUGUGUGUGUUCUUUGGAGGGGGAGAGAGAACCCUCCAGCAGCUGAGACCCAAGAAAACGCCUUGAUGCCUUAACUGUCCUUCCUGGAGCUACAAAGAGCCGUAUUUUUUAAAAGUGUUUGGGGGCAACCCCAAAGGGUAGAUGUUAAAAAAAAAAAACCCAAUGAGGAACAAUUGGUGAUUUUUAUGCAGAAACUAAAUAAUCCUUUACAAAUAAAUCUCUAUUUUGGAAUCAU